AUGUCGGCCGAAGAAAGACUGAAAAAGUUAGAACGCCUGUAUGUUGGAGGUGUAACAAACAGUGAUGGAAAUGCCUUAAGCGUUGAGACCUUAUUGGAUGUGCUUAUUGUUCUGUAUGAUGAGUGCUCAAAUUCAACACUACGCAGGGAGAAAAACAUAUCAGACUUUGUAGAAUUCUCAAAAGUUAUUGUCAGUAAAAUCAAGCAAUAUAGAUUAAAACGAGAUGACUUUGAGACACUUAAAAUCAUUGGCCGUGGUGCUUUUGGUGAGGUGUGUAUUGAAUUGUUUUUAUUUAUAUUUUUUCAUGAAUAA